GCUCGCGUACGUGUGUUCGUACGCAUGUUGCGGCGCUUCACAGGCUGCACGUGCACCGCAAGCGGCACAGCUACAUACCGCAUGACGUUCACUGCCACGUGGACUGACCCGACACCUCCAACAAACUUUCCGCAUUGGUCUGCGCCGAUCGGAACAAGUCAUAGUGCGUGCUACACGAUGUGGAGAAACGGCAUUCUCUCCUCUCCCGGCAUGAAGAUCAUGGCAGAACUCGGUGGUACCUCAACUCUGAAGAACGAGUUCACCGCACAAGGAGCUCAAACCUUGAGCACCUUUCAGUCAGGCGGCAUCGGAUCGGCCUCAGGUACAUCAACAACCACGUUCACAGUCGAUCGUUAUCACCCGUUGGCAUCCGUGGCCACCAUGAUUGCGCCGAGUCCCGACUGGUUUGUGGGCGCGUACUCUGAGAACCUGUGCGACGGCAGUAGCUGGAAGCAGUCCCUCGUCGUACAGGCUUUCCCGUGGGAUGCUGGUACUGACAGCGGUUUAGACUGGAACUCUGCUAACCAAGCCACCAGCCCGGCACAGACCAUUGCUCGCAUCACCGAGACUAGCCCACGCACAUCAGUAUACCGUAAAACCACCGGGACUACUACAUCCAUGGGCAACAUCAGGUUUGACCUUGUCAGCACUAACACAGCAAGCAGCGGAACUAAUCCCCAAUGCUCAAUGUGUGCAACAACGACAACUGUGGCAGCCAUAACCACUGCCGCGCCUGCCGCGACAACCACCCCCGCACCAGCAAUGACCACCACCCUCGCACCUGCAAUGACCACCACCCCCGCACCAGCAAUGACCACCACCCCCGCACCUGCAAUGACCACCACCCCCGCACAAGCAAUGACCACCACCCUCGCACCUGCAAUGACCACCACUCCCGCACCAGCGGUGACCACCAUCCCAAUGCUCAUUGGUGGAUGUGCCGGAACCCAGUACGGAUGUUGCCCGGACGGAACAACGGCUGCGUCGGGACCCAACCAACUCGGUUGCCCUUCAGCUCCGACAAGCUCUGCUCAAGGGUCUACCGAAGCGCAAUCAUGCGGCUGUAUGGCGAACGGCACGGCUACGUACCACAUGACGUUCACGGCCACUUGGACUGACCCGACACCUCCGACGAGCUUUCCCCACUGGUCUUGGCCAAUCGGAACCAGUCACAGUGCCUGCUACACGAUGUGGAAAGGCGGUAUUCUUUCCUCUCCCGGCAUGAGGAGCAUGGCUGAAGUCGGUACCACCGGAACUCUGAAGAACGAGUUCGCCGCGCAAGGUGCAAACACGCGGUCUACGUUUCAGGGUAACUUCCUGGGCUCGGCCUCGGGUACAUCGACAGCCUCAUUCACAGCCGAUCGUUACCGACCGUUGGUAUCCGUGGCCACCAUGAUUGCGCCGAGUCCCGACUGGUUUGUGGGUGCGUACUCUGAGAACCUGUGCGACGGCAGUAGCUGGAAGCAGUCCGUUACCGUGCAGGCAUAUCCCUGGGAUGCUGGUACUGACAGCGGUGUGUCGUGGAACUCAGGCAACCAGGUCACCACCCCGGCACAGCCCAUAGCUCGCAUCACUGCCACGAGCUUACGCACAACCGUGUACCGUAAGGCCUCCGGCAGCACCGCCUCAAUGGGUACGAUCACGUUUGACCUGGUCAGCACGUCUGCAACCGACGAUGCAGAUGUGGCCGAUCCCAGCUGCUCAACAUGUGCAGCCCCAACCCCUUCCCACACACAUCCCUUCUCUUCCCCAGGCUCGUCCGACUCAAGCGGUGCAACAUCAGGCACAACUAUCAUUGUUGGCGUUGCUUGCUUCUUGGCUGGGUUUCUCAUUUCCACGAUGAUAUUUGUUUGCAUUAUCAAGCGCCGUGCACAGGAACCCAGGGCAGAGACUACCAACGUUCCAGUGCAGUUCUCCAAGGAUAUUGACAUGCCCGACUUGAAGGAGAAUGAUGCAUACGGCAUCAGAACAAGCUCCGAAGGGACCCACUAUGACACAAUAAGGUAAUAUGCCAAAGUUCCAGUGCAGUUCUCCAACGAGAUUGACAUGCCCGACUUGAGGGAGAAUGAUGCAUACGGCAUCGGAACAAGCUCCGAAGGGACCCACUAUGACACCAUACGAUAAUAUGUGGCUUUGUCCAUCCCAUCCAAUACACAUGCAUAUCUUUGGAUUUUAUUUUUCCCCAACGGCCAGGGACUCGAGGUAGAAAUUGAUCGCUUGAAAUUAAACCGCACAGUAUAUGGUGGCUUUGCAGGUGCAUUCGCCUAAUCCGCAAUACGUUUUCAAGAUUUGUUUUAUCGUCUUUCCACCUCUUUACAUUCACACGCUUCGCUCCUCAUUGAGAUAUCCACCAUUCUCUCUUCUUCUCAAUAUUUUAUUCCCAACCCUCCUUCCCUGUAACACAAUAAAACAUUCGCUGCCUUGUCAUUCCCUGUAUAAUAUUAUUAUUACUGUUAUUUGAAACUCGGAUGUUGAGCCAUAAAUAAAUGUAGAAAGGAAAAGGACACGAUACGAGGAUACGAGUACGUCGAAUGUCUCAGUACUCUGUCAGUUUUCUGCCUAGUUAUUGCACUUUCUGACUGUAUAAAGUAUCAUGUUACAGUGAUGGAGAGUUACUCUUAACUCGUAUCCAUAAUGUCUUUUUCCUUUCUACAUUAAGGCUCAACAUCCGAGUUUCAAUUAUUAUUAUUAUUACUAUUAUUAUUUUCAAGUGUCAAGUAAAGUCGGCGGAAUAGCGCGAGCUCCGGUGUGGGGAGCAAACCUUUCUUAUUACUAUUAUUAUUCAAAUAAUCUACGUGGAGAUAAUAAUUUUAAUAAAGCUAUGAAUAGGAUGAAGGCCGCCGACAUCACGCAACUAUGUUACUUGUUUGACAUGUAUUACUGUGUAUUUUAUAACAAAAAUAUGAUUGAAAACCC